UUUGUCCUUCUUUCCCUUACUUUGUAUUUCUGUCUCUGUAUGUAGUUUCAAACACGGCCUAAGAGAGAGAGAGACUAAACUUCUUUCAGAUCAGGAAAAUGUCUCUAGCUUCUCUUUCUUAUGAUUCAGAUGAUGAUUAUCCAGUGAGUACUAAAUUGAAAAUGAAGGAUAAAAUCCUUGAUGCUGCUGUUAACAGCUCGAAUUCUGAAGAGUCUGAUAAUAAUGACAAUAUUCCUUUGUCAUCACGCUUAGCUCUGAAUUCUAGUUUAGCAAAAUCCAACAGUAAAAAUGAUAGCUCUGUUCAAAAGGAUAUUCCUAAACCUCAGAAACGAAAUAUAAUCGACUGUGACGAUGCUGAUCUGUUUCCCCUGACUGUUACGAGGUAUGGUUCCCUAAACUAUGUGCAGAAGGCCAAGAAAUUAAAGAAGUCGGAAAAUCUUCCAAAACAUAACUCAUUCCCUUUGAAAGAGAAAGAAACUUCUAAACCACAUUUGAAAGAAAAAGAGAUAUCAUUAUCGGAUCGGUAUUUAGAGGAAUGCCAAAAGAAGAGAGAAGCUGUAAAGAAGAAAUUUCACUUGCUAGAGAAAGAUAUUGAGGAGAUGUCGGAAAAGCUUGAAAACAAGAAGAAACAAUUUGAUUAUAUUCAAGGACAACUGAGUUCGUAUUCUUCAAAUGUUGAGGUAAAAAAGAAAGAAUAUGAAGGGGUGCAAAGAGGCAUUGAGGGACAGAAGAGGCAAAUUGAAGAACGAAUGAAGAAACUCGAUUCAAAAGAGAAGCAAUUUGAAGGCCAAUUGGAGGAAGUUGAAUCAAUCAGGAAGAAGUAUGAAAGCAAAUUGAACGAGAUCCUAUUCAAAGAGAAGCAAGUUGAAGCUCAAUUGAAGGAGCUUGAGGUUAAAAUGAUGCAGCAUGAAGCAUCUGUAAAAUCAUUCAGAGAGCAAAAACAAGAAGUUGCAAAUUACACAGAUAAUCAGUCUUCUACUGAUGAAGGGAGUUUUCGACUUUUCGCAAGCGAGCCAAAUGAUACUGACAUUUUAGAUGUUCUCCGGUCAUCAUCGGAUCCAGCAAAAGUCAUUUUGGAUAUAAUGAAGGAUCCUAUGGAUUCACAUGAUAAGAAGGGAGAUCAAGCCAUGGCUAUAGAUAAUAACCACAUCUUCCUUCUCGAGCAGCUGAUGAAAAUCUCACCAGAUAUUGAAUCUCAUGUUAGAGAGGAGGCAAUGGAGCUUGCUCUAAAUAUGAAAGCUAAUAUGAGAUUAAGUACUGACAAUUCAUUGGCGGUUCUGAGUUUCCUAAUGAUCUUGUCAAUUUAUAAACUAGUUUCCUCCUUUGAUGAAGAUGAAGUUUUAAAGCUUUUUGAAAUUGUUGCUCACCACAAGCCAUCUAUUGAGCUCUUCCGGAUGAUUGGUUUCGCAGAUAAAAUCUCUGAUUUUGUUGAGAAUCUUAUCAAGAAUGAGCAGUAUAUCGAAGCUGUCGGAUUCAUUUGUGCAUAUGACUUGGCAGAGAAGAAUCUAGCGGCUGAUCUCUUUCGAGCACAUGUGAACAAGGCAAAAUUGACAUGUGAGAGCAGUUGCAAGGAACCUAAGUCUAGUAAGAUCAGAGCCGCAAAACAAGAAAUCACAAGCCUCAAAACUGUUCUGCAGUGCAUUUCGGAGAACAACCAAGAAUGUGAAGAUCUGGUUAAAGAGAUUCAAGAUCGCAUCCUAGAGGUAGAAAAGCUUAAGAGAAUUAUUAUAAUGGCCUCUAUAAAAAAAAAUUUACAAUACCUUUUGUAAGCUCAGCUUUUUUUAUUUAGUAGCCACAAUAAUUAGGUAUGCCAAUUGUUAUGGUUAGAUAGAGAAGUCAUUUUCUUUUUGCAUGAGCCCAUGAAUUCAUGGAGGAUUUGUACCUUUUGUAAAGCUUAAUAGACAAAUUUUUUAGAAAAGAUUCUGCUAGGAAACCAACUUGAAGUAUGGUGAA